AUGGAGAAAGGCAGACUUCCUCAUUCAUGUUUCAUGCUACUUCUCCUUGUCCUGCUUUCUACCGAUGCUUCAGACCCUGCAGAACGGCAGUAUGUGGUGCUUGUCCCCUCCCUGUUGCACACUGGGACCCCUGAGAAGGGCUGCCUCCUUCUGAGCUACCCGAAUGAGACAGUGACUGUAAGUGCUUCCUUGGAGUCCCUCGGGGGAAACCAGAGCCUCUUCACUGACCUGGUGGUGCAGAAGGACUUAUUCCAUUGCGUCUCCUUCACUCUCCCAAGGAUCUCGUCCUCUUCAGAGGUGGCAUUCCUUACUGUCCAGAUAAAGGGACCAACACAAGACUUUAGGAAGAAGAACACAGUGCUGGUAAAGAAUGCUCAAAGUCUGGUCUUUGUCCAGACAGACAAACCCAUCUAUAAACCAGGACAGACAGUAAAAUUCCGUAUUGUCUCUGUGGAUGAGAAUUUUCACCCCUUGAAUGAACUGAUUCCACUGGUAUACCUUGAGGACCCAAAAAGAAAUCGAGUUGGACAAUGGCAGAGUCUCAGGUUGGAGAGUGGCCUCCAACAGCUGGCCUUUCCCCUCUCGUCUGAGCCCAUUCAGGGUUCUUACAAGGUGGUGGUACAGAAUGAAUUGGGCGAAAGGAUAGAACACCCCUUCACCGUAGAAGAAUUUGUGCUUCCCAAGUUUGAGGUCAAAGUUCAGGUGCCAAAGAUAAUCAGUAUCCUGGAUGAAAAAGUGAACAUAUCAGUAUGUGGGAUAUACACCUAUGGGAAACCUGUCCCAGGACUUGCAACUGUAAGCAUGUGCAGAAAAUUAUUGCAUCCCAUUUAUUGUCAGAAGCCAGAGUUCUGUGAGAAAUUCACUCAACAGCUCAACAGCAAUGGCUGCAUCACCCAAGAAGUAAAAUCAAAUGUACUCCAGAUUAAAAAUAUGGGUUAUAAAAUGCAACUUAAAGUGGAAGCCAAGAUCAGAAAAGAGGGAACAGACCUAGUAUUUACUGGAAAUGGGACCAGUGAAAUCACAAACAUUGUAACCAGACUCAAGUUUGUGAAAGUGGAUUCACACUUUAGACGAGGAAUCCCCUUCUUUGGACAGGUGCUUCUGGUGGACGGGAAAGAUGCGCCCAUCCCCAAUAAACUUGUCUUUAUCUCUGCAAAUGAAGCAAAUUAUCUUUACAAUGCAACUACCAAUGACCAGGGUCUUGUUCAGUUUUCAAUCAAUACUACUAAUAUUUUGGCUAACAAAAUUUCUGUCAUGGCCUACCACACACAACCUGACUUGUGUUUUAACUCUGUAUGUCUACGAGAGGAACACCAGGCAGCUCAGCACAUUGCAAAGCAUGCUUUCUCCUUACAUGGGAAUUAUGUUCACCUGGAACGUGUGGCUGGUACCCUGCCCUGUGGCCAAACUCAGAUUAUCAAGGCAUACUAUAUACUCAAUGGGAAGGCCACUGGGGAGCCAAAGGAGCUCAUUUUUUAUUACCUGAUCAUGACUAAGGGGAACAUCGUCAGAUCAGGGACACAUGCUGUGCCUAUACAGCUAAGAGACAUCUAUUCAAGUUACAAACCUAUUGAGUCACCAUUUUUACAGGGUAUGAGAUUAAAGGUGCUCACCAACUCUAUCCGAAAACCACAGUCAUGUUCAAUGAUCCACCCACCGAUAGGAAGAGAAGGGCAACCAUUGAUGGCAGCAGGUAUAAGAGCAAGUUCAUAUAGUCCUCAAUUUCACUCAUAUAAUAUCAUGUCCGCAAAUAAUAUGCAAAGUCCAGAGCCAAUCUCUGAAACAGUACGGACUUAUUUCCCUGAGACCUGGAUCUGGGAUUUGGUAGUGGUGGACUCCUCGGGAGUGGCUGAAGUGGGAGUAACAGUUCCUGAUACCAUCACGGAGUGGAAGGCAGGGACCCUCUGCCUGUCCAAUGACACUGGACUUGGUCUCUCUCUUCCCGCCUCCCUCCGAGCCUUCCAGCCCUUCUUUGUGGAGCUCACAAUGCCCUACCGAGGAGAGGUCUUCACACUCAAGGCCACCGUCCUCAACUACCUUCCCAAAUGUAUCCGGGUCAGUGUGGAACUGAAAGCUUCUCCAGCCUUCCUACAAUCCCAAAAUGAGAAGGGAAAAGAAUCCUAUUGCAUCUGUGCAAAUGAGCGGCAAACCCUGUCUUGGACAAUAACUCCUAAAACUCUGGGGAAUGUGAACUUCUCAGUCUGUGCAGAGGCGGUGCAGUCCCCAGAGCUGUGUGGAAAUGAGGUUGCUGAGGUCCCUGAGAUUGGGAGAAAAGAAACAGUCGUCAAAAUCCUGUUGGUGGAGCCUGAAGGUAUUGAACAAGAAAAGACUUUCAACUCUAUGACUUGCACUUCUGGUACUGAAAUAUCUGAGCAGUUAUGGUCAAAGAAUGUGGUCAAAGAAUCUGCCAGAGCCUCUUUCUCAGUUUUGGGUGACAUACUGGGUUCUGCUGUGCACAAUAUACAGAAUCUCCUCCAGAUGCCCUAUGGCUGUGGAGAACAAAACAUGGUCCUGUUUGCUCCUAACAUCUAUGUCUUGAACUAUCUGAAAGAAACCCAACAGUUGACUCCAGAGAUCAAGUCCAAGGCCCUUGGCUAUCUUACCAGUGGUUACCAGAGACAGCUCAACUACAACCACCAAGAUGGUUCCUAUAGCACCUUUGGGGAACAAUAUGGAAGGAACCAAGGUAACAGUUGGCUCACGGCCUUUGUACUGAAGACUUUUUCCCAGGCUCGAACCUACAUCAUUAUCGAUGAAGCACACAUCACCCAAGCCCUCAUGUGGCUCUCCCAAAGGCAGAAGGACAAUGGCUGUUUCAGGAGCUCUGGGUCACUCCUCAACAAUGCCAUUAAGGGAGGAGUAGAAGAUGAAGUGACCCUCUCAGCCUACAUUACUAUUGCUCUUCUGGAGAUUCCUCUUCCAGUCACUCACCCUGUUAUUCGCAAUGCCCUGUUCUGCCUGGAGACUGCCUGGAACACAGCAAAGGAGGGGACACGUGGGAGCCAUAGCUACACCAAGGCAUUGUGGGCCUAUGCUUUUGCUCUAGUGGGAAACCAGGAUAAGAAGAGAGAAAUACUGAACUCUCUUGAUGAGGAAGCUGUGAAAGAAGAUAACUCAGUCCACUGGGAGCGACCUCAGAAACCCAGGGCACCAGUGGGGCAUUUUUACCAACCCCCAGCUCCCUCAGCUGAGGUGGAAAUGACAUCCUAUGUGCUCCUGGCUUACCUCAAGGCCCAGCCUGCCCCGACCUCAGAGGAGCUGACUUCCGCCUCGCGCAUCAUGAAGUGGAUCACAAAGCAACAGGAUUCCCAGGGGGGCUUCUCCUCCACUCAGGACACAGUGGUGGCUCUCCAGGCUUUAACCAGAUAUGGAACAGCCACCUUCACCGGGACUGAGAAAGCUGCCCAGGUGACCAUCCAGAAUUCACAGGCAUUUGUCACAAAUCUCCAAGUGGACAACAGCAACCUCCUGUUGCUGCAUCAGGUCUCAUUGCCAGAGCUGCCUGGGGAAUAUUAUAACAGUGACGGAUGUGUGUAUCUUCAGACAUCCGUGAAAUACAAUAUUCUUCCAGAGAAGGAGGACUCCCCAUUUGCCUUGAAGGUACAGACUGUACCCCAUACUUGUGAUGCACCCAAAGUUCACACCAACUUCCAGAUCUCACUGAAUGUCAGUUACACCAAUAUGAUGAUUGUUGAUGUGAAGAUGGUGUCUGGUUUUAUCCCCUUGAAACCAACAGUAAAAAUGCUUGAAAGGUCCAGCCAUGUGAGCAGGAUAGAAGUAAGCAAUAACCAUGUCCUCAUUUAUGUGGAACAGGUAACAAAUCAGACACUCAGCUUUUCCUUCAUGGUUCUGCAAGACAUCCCAGUAAGACACCUCAAGCCAGUGACUGUUAAAGUCUAUGAUUACUAUGAGACAGAUGAGUCGGCCAUUGCUGAGUACAUCACCCCCUGCAGCGUAGUUAAGAGGUCACACGCCAGGACCACCAUCAUUCCACAUUAA